ACAACAAAAAGAAUAUUGUUUUCUUUCUUGAAUUUUUACCGUCGCUGGAGACUUAGAAAUUAAGUAAUAAUUUACUGUUCUUCUCACCGCCGAGGCUAUAAUUCUCUCACUGAUGCCGGACGGCGAGUUGUCCACCGACGGGGCCGCUUUUCCCCCCUCGCCGAUUGUUGAAAUUAGAGGAGAUGAAACAAAAGUGGUAGAGAAAGAGAAGGACCCGCGAACUAUUGCUAGAAAGUAUCAGCUGGAGUUAUGCAAGAAAGCCAUGGAAGAGAACAUAAUUGUAUACUUGGAGACUGGUUGUGGGAAGACUCAUAUUGCUGUUCUGCUUAUUUAUGAGCUUGGUCAUUUGAUACGGAAACCUCAGAAAAGGAUAUGUAUUUUUCUUGCUCCUACUGUGGCUCUUGUUCAGCAGCAAGCACGUGUUAUAGAAGAUUCUCUUGAUUUCAAGGUUGGGACUUUUUGUGGUAACUGCAGACACUUGAAGAACCAUCAUGACUGGGAAAAAGAGAUCGAACAGUAUGAGGUUCUGGUUAUGACACCUCAAAUACUACUUCGUAGUUUAUAUCACUGUUUCAUCAGGAUGGACUUAAUCGCUCUUCUUAUAUUUGAUGAGUGUCAUCAUGCUCAAAGUAAAAGCAAUCAUCCAUAUGCAGAAAUCAUGAAAGUUUUUUAUGAUAAAGGUACUGCAUCAAUGUUUCCUCGUAUAUUUGGCAUGACAGCCUCUCCCGUUGUUGGUAAAGAUGCUUCUAGCCAAGUAAAUUUACCAAAAAGCAUCAACAGUCUUGAAAACUUGCUUGAUGCUAAGGUCUAUUCAGUUGGAGAUAAGGAGGAAUUAGAAAGCUUUGUAGCAACUCCAGUUGUUAAAGUAUAUGAUUAUGGUCCUGUCAUUUUUGGUCCUUCUAGUUCCUACAAUAUUUAUUGUCACAAACUUGAGGACAUUAAGCGCCAGUGCAUAUUACUUAUCAGGAAGAAUGGUGAUUUUCAAUCUGCCAAGAACACAAAAAAGCUGCUCAAUAGAAUGCAUGAUAAUAUAAUCUUUUGCUUGGAAAAUCUUGGCCUUUGGGGAGCAUUACAAGCUUGCCGACUUCUUUGUAAUAACUCUGAGCGGAAUGAAUUGAUAGAAGAUGAAGGAAUUUUAAGUGAUGACUCUGUAUGUGAUCGAUAUCUUGCGCAGGCUGCUGAUGUUUUUGCUUUGGAUUGUAAGAGAGAUGGGUCUGCAUAUGAUUUAUCUGAUGUAGAGAUUUUGAAGGAGCCAUUUUUCUCGAAAAAGCUGUUACGCCUUGUUGGAAUCCUUGCCACCUUCAGCGUACAGCCAAAUAUGAAAUGUAUAAUUUUUGUGAAUAGAAUUGUUACUGCAAGAUCCUUGUCAUACAUACUGCAAAACCUUAAGUUCCUAUCAUCUUGGAAGUGCCAUUUUCUCUUGGGAGUCCAUUCUGGACUUAAAAGUAUGUCAAGAAAGACAAUGAAAAACAUUCUUGAGAAGUUCAGAACUGGAGAGUUGAAUAUUCUGGUUGCAACUAAAGUUGGUGAAGAAGGACUUGACAUCCAGACAUGCUGCCUCGUGAUACGUUUUGACCUUCCAGAAACUGUUGCAAGUUUUAUCCAAUCAAGAGGUCGGGCCAGAAUGCCUGUGUCUGAGUAUGCAUUUCUAGUGAACAGUGCAAAUGAGAGGGAACUAAAUUUGAUUAACAAUUUUAAGAAAGAUGAAGAUCGUAUGAAUAUGGAAAUUACGUUCAGAACAUCUACUGAUGUUUCUAUUGCUCUUGAGGAGAAAAUGUACAAAGUUGAUUCAUCUGGUGCUUCCAUUAGUUCGGGAUAUAGUAUCUCUCUACUUCAUCAUUACUGCUCAAAACUGCCCCAUGACGAGUAUGUACUUUCACCCAAGCCAAGCUUUUAUUAUUUUGAUGAUACUGGAGGAACAAUCUGCAAUAUAAUUUUACCUUCCAAUGCUCCAAUAAAUCAAAUUUCCAGUACACCUCAAUCUUCUGUUAAUGCUGAAAAGGAUGCUUGUCUAAAAGCCAUUGAAGAACUGCAUAAAUUGGGAGCCUUGACAGAUCACCUCUUGCCAUUGCAAAACAGUGUUCUUGAGGAGGAGGCAAUGCCGGUGGAUUCUGAUUCAGGGUGCUCUGAAGAUGAGGAUUCACGUGGUGAACUACAUGAGAUGCUUGUGCCUGCCAUGCUUAAAGAACCAUGGACUAACUUGGAAAACUAUGUCCUUCAUACGUACUAUAUAAAAUUUAUUCCGGAUCCUGAGGAUAGGAGCUACAAAGAGUUCGCACUUUUUGUCAAGUCUCCUCUACCUAAAGAAGCUGAGAGAAUGGAGCUGGAUCUUCACCUAGCUCGCCGUAGGUCGGUGAUGACAAAGCUUGUCCCAUCAGGAGUAGCAGAAUUUAAGAGAGAAGAGAUCAUGGAAGCACUGCAUUUUCAAGAAAUGUUCUUGAAGGUCAUCCUUGAUAGAUCAAAACUCCUUUCCGAAUUUGUUCCUUUAGGAAACGACGACUUUCUUUCAUCAAGCUCCUCAACAUUCUACUUGUUACUCCCUGUUAUUCUUUCCAAUUGUGAGAAUAAAGUGACAGUGGACUGGGCAAUUGUGCAAAGAUGUUUGUCAUCUCCACUUUUUAAGACUCCUGUAGAAGCUGCAAAGAAUGAAAAAUUCUCUUCAGACGUUUGCUUGCAACUUGUAAAUGGUUGUAGGAGUAUUAGAGACAUUGAGAAUAGUUUGGUGUAUGCUCCACACAAGGCGGCCUUUUACUUUAUUACUAAUAUUGUCAGUGAAAAAAAUGGUUACAGCCCAUGUAGAGAUUCCGGCACUGUAAAUCACGUGGAGCACUUAAAAAUGUCUGACAUUCAUCUUAAGUACCCUGAACACCUCUUUGCAUGCAAACCACUUUUUAAAUUGCACAAUUUGCUACACAACCGAAAGCCAGAGGAUUCAGAAUCGCAUGAACUGGAAGAAUACUUCAUUGAUUUGCCUCCUGAGCUUUGUCAGUUGAAAAUAAUAGGCUUCUCCAAAGAUAUUGGGAGUUCGCUUUCUUUGUUACCAUCAAUUAUGCAUCGCCUAGAGAACUUGCUUGUGGCUAUUGAAUUGAAGCAUGUUUUUUCUGCUUCAUUUCCUGAGGGAACUGAAGUUUCAUCCAGAAGGGUCCUAGAAGCACUCACUACAGAGAAGUGCCAAGAACGUUUCUCUCUUGAAAGGCUUGAAUCGCUUGGUGAUGCCUUCCUCAAGUUUGCUGUAGGCCGCCAUCUUUUUCUUUUACAUGAUUCACUCGAUGAAGGGCAAUUGACUAGGAGAAGGUCUAAUGCUGUAAACAAUUCUAAUUUGUUCAAGCUAGCAACAAGACGCAAUUUGCAGGUUUACAUACGCGAUCAACCUUUCCAUCCUUGCCAGUUCUUUGCUCUGGGCUAUCCCUGCCCAGUAAUUUGUACAAAAGAAACUAAAGAAACUGUUCAUUCACAAAAUAGCUGUCAAGUAGAUAGUGCAAAUAGUGAAAUUAGAUGCAGUAGAAAUCACCAUUGGCUACAUAAGAAAACGAUUGCUGAUGUGGUUGAGGCUCUUGUAGGAGCAUUUAUAGUUGAUAGGGGAUUCCAAGCUGCAACUGCAUUUCUUAGAUGGAUUGGCAUACGAGUGGACUUCCAAGGUUCUCAAAUUAAUAGUAUUUGCUCCGCAAGCAAGAGAUUCAUGCCACUUUCCUCCCAAGUGGAUACUGAAGCUCUUGAAAAUUUGUUAGGUUAUCAGUUUCUUCACAAAGGUCUCCUCCUUCAGGCGGUUGUGCAUCCUUCUUAUAAUAGGCAUGGCGGAGGAUGCUUCCAGAGAUUGGAGUUUCUUGGAGAUGCUGUCUUGGAUUAUUUAAUCACGUCAUAUCUGUUUUCACUGUAUCCAAAGUUGAAGCCUGGUCAGUUGACUGAUUUGAGAUCAGUGUCAGUUAACAACAAGUCCUUUGCCAAUGUUGCGGUGGAGAGAUGUUUACACAAAUUUCUUAUCUCCGAAUCUAGUCCGCUUAACGAUGCCAUAGAAAAAUAUGUUUCCUUCUUCACAUCAUCGCCAAACAGGGGAUUGUUUGAAGGGCCAAAAUGUCCAAAGGCUCUUGGUGACUUGGUAGAGUCCUGUUUCGGUGCUAUUCUCCUUGAUACAGGGUUUGACUUGACCCGUGUUUGGAAGAUAAUGCUAUCCCUUUUGGAUCCAAUCAAGAGCCUUUCAAGUGUGCAGCUCAAUCCUGUCAGGGAAGUAACGGAAUUUUGCCAGUCUCAUAACUGGGAAUUGAACUUUUUACCAUCAAAAAGUGGCAGAAUUUUUUCAGUGAAUGCAUCUGCGGGAGAUGUUUCUGUAACCAUUUCUGCAAUCUACACUAAUAAAAAAGAUGCUAUCAGAACUGCCGCACAUCAGCUAUACGAAAAGUUAAAGGCUCUAGGAUAUGCACCAAAAUCAAAUUCCUUAGAGGAAGUUUUAAAGGGAAGCAUCAAAGCUGAAGCCAAGCUGAUUGGAUUUGAUGAAACACCAAUUAAUGUCGCUGUUCCCGACACCGUUGCAUUUGGAAACAUGAAAUUGCAAGAAUCUUUUGACGAUGAUUGCAACCCAGAAACCCGUUCCAUUAAUAAGACAACGUCUUCUCCUGGUUCACCUUGCACCUCGCCUAUUAGCAAAUCUCUGCAUUCUUUGGAAGCAAAAACAGGACGUUCAACAUCAAGUAGUUGUGGGAUUGACUCGCCAUCCAAAGGUGAAUCACAUAUUCGUACUGCGAGAUCACAGUUAUAUGAAAUCUGUGCCAUCAAUUGUUGGAAACCCCCUUUGUUUGAAUGUUGCAAAGAGGAAGGACCAAGCCAUUUGAGAUUGUUCACUUACAGGGUACUUCUAGAAAUUGAAGAAGCAUCGGAUAUGAUCUUGGAGUGCUUCAGCAGUCCUCGGACUACAAAGAAGGCAGCCGCUGAGCAUGCGGCAGAAGGUGCAUUGUGGUACCUAAAACAUGAAGGGUAUUUACAAUAAGGUCAAAUUGACUGACUUAACCCGGAGACAAUGGAAUUACUUUUACCUGGAGAUCAACGUUGGAAUUUAGUUGAGAUAGAGAA